GGAGUCGGAGCCCGACCCGCAGCCCGAAACCCGUCUCCUACCCCCGCCCGUCUCGCCUCGCGAAGGCUUUCCUUUCCUCUCCCUUCCCGUCCAAGAUGGAAGCAGAGUACCCCAACCAGCAGGCAGGCCCCUCCUCCUCCUCCACCACCCUCUGGCCGUGCGCGACUCGACGCAGGAAGAGGGACGAGGGCGAGGGCGACGACGACCUCUCGUCGGAGGAGGACAUGGAUCUCGACGCCGACGCGCAGCGCGCCGCGGACAAGCUGAAAGCAGUGUCAGAGGAACUUGGACAUGAGAUCCGAGUUUUUUCGAGUGAGAAUUUUGCUCUACAACCCAGCAAGCUGCCUAGUGCAGAUCAUGAGGAAGAUGAUGACUUUUACGAGCUUCAGCCUGCUGAUUACUACAAGUUGAUUUCAAACAGGAUAGGAGAGCACUCUAAAAUGCUAAAGACUCGCAAGAUGCGGGAGGCAGAACUUGCUGCUCAGCGAGCAAAGAGAACAAAGGCAGUAAUGAGGGUGCGAUUCCCUGAUGGCUACAUUCUUGAGGCCGACUUUCUUCCAUCAGAGAGGAUUCAUAGUCUAGUGGACCUGCUCAUGAAAGUACUUGCUAGACCAGAUCUUCCGUUCUAUCUUUAUACAGUACCUCCAAAGAAGCGAAUAAUGGACACAUCACAGGACUUCUGUACCGCUGGUUUUGUUCCUGGAGCUAAUGUUCAUUUUUCUUAUGAUCUGCCCGAAGGUUCAUUGGUAAAUGCAGAUGAUCUAAAAGCAGGACCCUUUCUCCGUGAAGAAAUUCGAAGUUUGGACGGAUUGUCACUUCUGCUGAAACCUGCUAGUCAACCUGAUGAUUCUAGAAUGAACUCUUCUACUCUUCAAUCUGGUGCAUCUCAAUCUGAUCCUGUACCAACAACAAAUAAGAAGCCUGGCAGACCAAAGUGGUUGAAAAGGUGAUACCACUCCAGGCGUCAAGUGCGUGCCGUCAACACAGAAUCACUCUGUUAGGCUUCUAAACACUACUCAUGGUUAAACAAGUUCAAAUUUGAACAGGCUACACUGCUGUGUAGUACAAGAAUUGGGUCCUCUGCUCACUGAAGCUGUUGGGGGCAUUAGAAAUGGGUCCCACCUUUUUCCAGGUGGGAGCCAAGUAGCAUGUAAAUUUGAAUGCGUUGCGACUCAUCAGAACAGCGCUCUGCUCUGGCUAAGCACUUUGCCAUCUUACACAUCGUGUAAACCCCAUAGAAAGUUAGAAACGGUGGAAAUAAUAGUCCAGUGUUCUUAACGCUUCACGGUGCAAUGCCAUGCCUGUCUUCACUAUUCACACAAUACAUUUCAGAAAACUGAAAGUGCCUGAGUACAUGUGCUUUUUAUCCUGCCCAUGAUAUUUUGGCAGGUUGCUUUCAUGUAAUUGAUGGUGAUGGAGCCCUCACCAGCGACUAACUUGUCGCUAAAUGGCA